AUGAGCACAUACGCACCUCUUUCGUGGUCGGAGGGAGGUAUGGAGUAUGUGUUCCCAACGCACAGGGAAGGGAGGUCGCAGUCAUAUUAUCGUUCAAUAGCAACACGAUUCCUACCUUCAUUGUUAUUAAUUGGGAUUGGUAUAGUAAUAGGAAUCAAUCAUCCACUUUAUUUAUCUAUAUAUUCACGUAGACCACUGUCGAUAAAUUCAAUUUUACCAUCCUCUUUACCACCUUCUCCACCUCCCAUUCCUUCUUCCUCUUCUUUAUCAAUAUUAUCACAUUUGCCAAAACCAGAAGAACCAAUACCGAAUAUUGUACAUUACGUAUAUGGAUUAGCGAACGAACCACAACAAACACAACCUGAUUUCCCGUAUUUCGCUUAUUUGGCUAUGAGAUCAGCCAUGAUCACUCUAAAACCUGAACAAAUUUGGUUUCACUGUAUACAUGAACCGAAAGGUUAUUGGUGGGAUAGAAUAACAAAAUCAGAAGGAUGGAUAAAUGAAUAUGGUAAAAUACAAGGAACGGUGAAAAUAAUAAAAGCUAGAGAUGUAGAAUGGAUAGGUAGCGAUAAAAGGCCCGUUACUCAUUUUGCCCAUAAAGCCGACAUCAUACGUUUAGAAGUACUACGCGACCAUGGUGGUAUUUACCUUGACAUCGAUACAUUCGUUCUUUGUCCUUUCGCCUCUUUCAACUUAUUACGUCAAGAUGUAGUGUUAGGAAUGGAAGCACAUGGUCUAACGUUUCUGCGCGGAAUGGGAAGUGACGAUGAGAUGGAGCCUAAAGGAUUAUGUAACGCUGUGAUAAUAGCCAGAAAAGGGGCCGAGUUCUUGAACAGAUGGCUAGCAAGCUAUGAAGGUUUUAGAGGUGAUAGAUGGACCGAACAUUCUGUUGAAAUGCCCUGGACAUUAGCCAAGAUGUAUCCCACUUUACUUACUAUCUUAUCUGAAAGAGCUUUCUUUUGGCCGCUUUGGACAGAUGAUCAUAUCCAUGCGGUAUAUGAAACGACUGAAUACGACUUUGAGAAAUCCGGUCAGCUUGCAUAUCACGCAUGGGAAUCCAAAGCUCGCCCAUAUUUAUCUGCACUUGAUCCAAUAACGAUACAUACCAUAGAUACUUCAUUCACAAGGAUGGCAAGACGUUUUGUUGAGGCAAAUGAAGAAAGUCGUUGGAAAGCCUCUGGAAUGCCUGAUGGAAGUGGCGAGACAGGUCUGGGCAAAGCAGAUGAGGAUAUCGAACAGGAAGAAGUUACAUCGAUACCUAUCUGGAGAAGAAAGAUAAAUUAG